AUGGAUAAGGCGCUGAUGGCGAUGUCUCUGGAUGACGAUGACGAGCCAUUUGAUAUGCCUAACCUGCCGCAAUUCAGUUCGUGCGAGAGGAACACUCGAAGCUUAAUCGGAAGGCUUUUAAAUCCUGAUUGCCAGAAGAUAGCAAAUCUUCUUCGGGAGAUGCCUCGGAAGUGGCAGAAGCAAGGAAAAGUAAGAGGAAUAGCGUUAUCAAAGGAGAGGUUCCAGUUUCUCUUUGAUAACGAGCAUGACUUGGUUGAAGUUCUGGAAAAAGGCGUCCAUACUUCUAAUGAGUGGGCGUUGGCGAUCGAACGGUGGGUUGAGAACCCCCCACCAGAUUACUUGCAAUUCAUUAAUGUCUGGGUUCAAGUCCGCAAUAUUCCACUGAAUCACUAUACAGAGGAGGCAAUCACUGCGCUUCGUGAACGGCUUGGUAUGGUUAAGGUGGUGGCGUUUGAUCCUGACAAGCCACAGCUGCAAGAGUAUGUCAGGAUGCAAAUAAGGAUGAACGUUGCAAGACCUUUCAAACAGGCUAUGGUGGUGAAUCUGCCGGAAGGAGGCACAUCACGGGUGUACUUCAACUACGAGAGACUUCAGAAGCGCUGUCAUGAAUGUCAGAGAUUGAAUCAUGCUAAGGACAUCUGCCCUCGGUUGGUGAAACAGAGGAAAGAUGCUGCGUUAGAGCGAAGACAGAGGAUUCUUCGGGAGAAGCAGCAAGCUGACUUAGUUCUUAGACCACAUGAUCCUCUUUUUGGAGUGUUGACUGAGGAUCAAGUGGGGUUGUGCCCGAUUACAGGACGCAGUAAAAUUUCUUCAGAGGUGCUGGAGGAGAUGAGGCGAUAUAUGAUGAUGGCAACAGAUAGUGAUAAAGCUAUCAGGAUUGAGAGAAUCAGAUCUUCAGUUGCUGAAGUGGAGAAGGAUCCAAUGCUUCAGAAGACAAUUCUUCGGUUAGAACCGGCGCCUGUAUUCACGAAACAAGUUGAUAAAGGGAAAGGCAGACUCUUUGACCUUGACUUAAAUACCCCAGCGGAGUCCAAUGCAUUGGAUCGAAGAGAGGGAGGUAAGCUUAUGGCUUCGGCCAUUAAAGCAAGUCGAGGAAAUAUUGCGAGUCCAUGGUCUUUCUCGUCUUCUGGACAAGACAUAUCUAGUAAGGAGAAGAGUCCUCCUCUUAUGAUAGCGCCUCCUUCCGGUGCCUCCAUGUUGCGAGGUCAUCACGGCAGCAGAAGUGCUUCUUCUCAUUUUCAAGGGAACCCAACGGAACAUGGUUUGAACUUAACUAUUUCACAACCAUCCGGGGUUUUCAAGAAGACUACUAAGCCUCGCAGACGCCCGUACGUCAGUAAAAGGAAAGCAUCCAAGACCUCAACUGCAGGCAUUCUUCAGGAGUUGUAUGGAUCGAGUGGAUCAGGUGCUAUGAUAGGAGCUAAGAGAAAGGGCUCAAGUGAAGAACCAGAGAGCUAUGAAGGCGCUCGGAAGAAAGAAGCAAGGGUGAUCCCGCAUGAGGGAUCGCCGAAGAUAAGAUGA